GCACUCACUUUUUUGGGUGCAUUCAGUGCACUCGCUUCAUAAUCGUCAUUUUAAACAUGAGAUUUAUGUCAAAAUGAUGUCAAUCAUCACUUAUGAUGUGGUGAACAAUAACGCACAUGAAUUUGCACAAAAACAAUGAAAGAUUUGCUUUAAUUUGAAGGAUUUAGAGUUUAAAGAUCUAGGGGUUAGGGUUAGGGUUUACAGUGUGGGGUUUCGGUAUAAACUCAAAAUUGGAGGUCUAGGGCUUAGGGUAAUCCGCUAAUUAGUUGUUAUCAUAUGUUAUAUCAUUAUAUUAUACUAAUUCUACAAAUUAAAAUUCAAAAUCCGACUCCUUAAGACUAGUUUUUGAGUUGGGUGCAUUGAACGCACUCAUUUUUGUGAGUGCGGCGAAGUAGUCACCGACAUACAUAUUUUAUGCCUUUAAAACUUUAAUUUCUCGUAUUAUUGUUAAACUGUUUUGUUUUUUCCUCCAUUCUAUGAUUCCUUAUUAAACAAGUAUAAAAUAUGUAUACAAUGUUUAAUAUCUUUAUUUAAUAAAUUAAAUCGAUAAUUUAGAUAUUUAUUUUAUUUUUAAGAUGAUUAAUUUCACUUGUAUUAUAGUUAUUGACAUAUUAUUAGAUGUAUCAGUAUUUUAGAUACUAAAUAAAGUAUCUAGAAUAUUUUAUACGUACCUUACUUACUCAUAUUGUAUUUUACUAAUUAGUACCGAAAGAAAGAAGCCAUGAAAAAAAUCAUGACUAAGAAGUUGAAUAAUUUAAGCACAAUAAAAUUGACCCUAAUGUGAAAAUGAAAAUAUCUAAUACAGCCUUGGUCCAACCAUCAACAAAAAGUUGAACCAUUUCCAACAUCUUCAAACCGACUCAGUUCCGGUUGGUUAAGUGUUGGGUUGAUUAACGAGGUUCGUUUGCUCUGUUUUCACUUUUCACUAUUGAUUUGUCACAAGCCCAGCCCCUAACCCCCCAAAACCUCUCUCGCCCUCGAUCCUGCUCCGCCGCCAGCUCCGUAUAUCGUCGCCGACGUUGCCUCUUUCUUCUCCCCCAAAUUGGGAUAGCUGCCUCAUAAUCUAGUCGCCGCCAUCAGCUCCUCCUCGUCUCGUCACCACCUCUUCCAGGUUUGGUUAAACUUUACGCUUCAGUUCAUUCUCUACGACUACGAACAGAGUUUGCUCAUCGCCUUGUUCUGUUUCCAUUCUGGGGACUGACUCAUUAUUUUGGGAUGGUCGCUCGUUAAUUGAACCCAGAAUUUAGCAAGCAUGAUUCUGUAGUAUUUAUUACUUAGCUUGGAAAGUUAAUUCUAGGGUUUUGGAAUUUGUGUAAUAAGCCGAAUUGGAUCUUUCUGAUUUGGAUGGUUAGCCAAUUUGGAGUGACCUUUUGUCUACAGAAAGCUUAGUUCUGAUUUGUGUUUAUGUUAUUAGGGAUUCAGAAAUCAAGCUCAAUUAUUGCUGUUAAGGUGUUCCUAUGAACUUUUAGAUUUUAUUAUGGCAUUUGCAACUUCCUUUCAUUUUCGGACUUCGGGAAUCCAUAAUGCCAUGCCACAGAAUUUAGUUCCUCUAUAUUUGUUCACUAACUACUUUGGUAUCAUCAAAUCCUUGAUUUCCAAGGUUAUUCUUGUUGUUUUUCUUAAAAUCUUACACGAAAGCAGUCCCUUUUCUCUGUCUCUUGUGGACAAGCAUAUUAUGGUAUAGAGGAUUUUUUUUUUCUUCCAAUUAUGAGUUCUGGUGGAUAGUCAGACUCGACCAAACUUAGAUUCAAGGUCUGGUGAGCUGUUAAUUGUGGUUGGUAAAUGUAUUCCCCUGAAUCUGUCUCUCCGCUUGCUGCUUGUUGAGGAAACACCCAUAAUAUUACAAAUAUAACUUCUUAGUUUUCCUGCGAACUAAAUAUGCAAUUGAACUAGGGCUGAGAACUGGUUUCAGGGGAUGAGCUUCUUUUCAGUUGUCUGUAAAAUAUAUAUAAUUAGAUAUCAACAGAAAGAUGAUUAAAGUUGUUACAUUUCACCCAAGUCUCUGUUUAUUUGGGCACUAAUAUGUUCUUUUUUCAUAUUCAGUUUGUGUUGUUCCCGUGUUAGAAGGGAAAAGCACGUUUCUUGCGUGUCUUGCAACCUAAUUUCCCAUCCCCUCAUUGGACUCCCUUGCGCCUAUUUUCAGGUUGACUCAAUCCUCUUGUUGCCAACCAUGGCUGGGUUUCUAUUCCAGAAUUCUACACCUGCCCAGGCCUUGUCAGGUUCAACACAGGGUGUCGAACCUGCGAAACCUGUUCAAGAGUCGAAGCCAAAGAAGAAGAUCUGCUGUGCUUGCCCAGAGACCAAGAGGCUGCGAGAUGAAUGCAUGGUGGAGUACGGUGAGUCAGCUUGUGCAAAAUGGAUUGAGGCUCAUCGUUUGUGCCUUCGUGCUGAGGGAUUCAAUGUUUGAAGUCCAGUUACCGAGGACUAAUUAUAUAACUAACGCUCUCGAUAGAUUGAUAUUCAUUGUGGGUUUCAUUAUUGUUCCGAGGAAAGUUAUACCACCUAAACACCAGAAUUGUGGAAUAAAAGGCAGAUGAGCCCCCACAGCGCUUCUUGUAGCUGCUGUAUGUAUACAUUGUUCAUCUCUUGAAUGCAUUUGGUAUGGAAUGUUGAUGGCAGGUCGCUGAAAGGUGCCAAUAUGUGUAAUGGUUCAUCAAUGAAUUGAAUCGAUCAUUGUGCGAAACGAUGAAAUUAUGGUCCUUCUUACCUCAUUAGUACUUGCCAUCUAUGAUGUCAAAUCAGACUCGUUCAGACUGGUUGAUCUGUAAUUCGAGAGCCCUGUCUAGUUUAUAAUGACAGUGGCCAUUCCCAGCACGAUUAACGUUCUGUGAAAGAGCCAUAUCUGAGCAUAUGUAUAAAGCUUUCUUUUGACUACUAACAUCAUACAAGGGCAGUGAAGUAUUCCAUCCGAAAGUACAAUACUGGACAAACUUCUUGUAAUCCCAGUUUCUGAGCUCUAACAUAAACCUCUAUUUCCUUUUCCUGCAGAAAGUCAAAUAUACAAAUGAUUCUUCAUCAUCACAAUUUCUAAAGAGCUAUCCCCCAAAUAAUACACAUGCUCUUUCCGC